UUCCGUAUUCAAAAUUCAGAAUCAUUCACGCCGGGAACCCGUUGGAGCCGGACGCCGGAUGCCGGAGAGGUAGAAGUCAGAACCCAGAAGAUAAAAAAUAAGAAUGUGGAAGCAACCAAGUAGUGAGUAGCCUUACCAAAUCACAAGUUGAGAAAACAAAACCCUAUUACCAUUCCCUUACUCAUCUUGUUGUUGCUGUCUUUUGCGGAAACCCUUGUUGAUACAUCUUCAUCAUGAAAAGGGGGAUGGGAGAUCGAUUGAUCGUUGGAAGGGGAGACCUUUGAUCUAUCUUUCUGAUAGAGUGUUUGGAUGGACUUGGAUUUAAAAAGCACUAACCAUACCCUAAAUUUUGAGGUAGGGUUGGGUUGACACUUCAAGUUGCACCCCAACCAGAAGCUAACCCCAAUAUAGGGCUUGGUGUAUGUAUAUGCUCUCAUGAUAUGAUUCUGUGGAGACAUCUGGAAGAUAACCGGAGCAGAAUACAGAGAGAAAUGACCUCUGAGAGGGACAUCUUCAGCCUUUCAGGACCUUUACACCUCACAAGUGUUGAUUGGACUAAUGAACAUCACCGUAGAUCUGUUGCUGCCAGCUUGGUGCAAGGUGUCUAUGUUUUAGAGCGGGAUCGCCAGCUGAAUCGUAAAGGGCCUGAAUCUCUUGCUCCUCCGUGGUGGGAGUUCUUCCAUUUUCAGUUGUUACGUCAGCUCGUGGAUAAUGUUGAUUCCUCCAUCUUUGGUGCCAUUUAUGAAUUCAAACCCCUACCUUCCAAUUGUCACUACUCAAUCCAGGGGGCCCCAAGAUACGUGAUUGCCUUCAGAGGCACAAUCACCAAGGGAGAGUCCUUCACACAGGAUCUCAAAUUGGAUCUCCUUUUCAUCCAAAAUGGACUUCAUGGAACCCCACGCUUUGAAAUUGCAAUGCAAGCUGUCCGGAACAUGGUCGCUGCAGCUGGAGCUUUGAAUAUUUGGUUAGCUGGUCAUUCUUUGGGCUCUGCAAUCGCAAUGCUCGCUGGCAAGACCAUGGCGAAGACAGGUGUUUUUCUCCAAGCUUUUCUCUUUAAUCCCCCAUUUGUUUCUGCUCCAAUUGAGAGGAUCAAGGAUAAGAAAGUAAAACAUGGGAUCCGAAUGGCAAACAGUUUCAUCACGGCAGGACUCACUUUUGCCAUAAAGGGUCACCACCAGUGUUCGGCAUCAGAGGAUCCAUUUGUGAUCUUAUCUGCAUGGGUCCCAUGUUUGUUUGUCAAUCCGGCAGAUCAUAUAUGCUCGGAGUAUGUUGGUUAUUUUGAGCACAGAAAAAAGAUGGAGGAGAUUGGAGCCGGGGGAAUUGAGAAAUUGGCAACCCGGAAUUCCAUUGGGGGUCUUUUAUUGGGCAAGAAAGAAUCAGAGCCUCUGCACCUCCUCCCGUCCGCAAACCUUACAGUUAACUUGAGCCCGUCACCAGAUUUUAAACGAGCUCAUGGGAUUCACCAGUGGUGGAUUCCAGACCUGCUUUUGCAGUGUAAGCUAUACCAAUACAGGUGACUGUUUCGUGCUUUGUUACUUUUUUUAUUUUUUGUGGGUAGGUGUUUUGUUUUGGGGGGGUUGAAGGUCAAUAUUUCCCCUGCCUACUGAAAUUUAUUGUGGCUCAAGUUGAACUGAAUAUUGUGGCUUAAGUUGAAUAUCUGAGAACAAUCUAAUUAGCUAAAUUAAGGCACAAAUUAGAACAUUA